AUGGAGUGGCCUUCAGAUCCGAGCACAUCGCACCUCCGAGAAGUGCUACAACUAGACUUCAGCAUUAUCAUUUUGGCAUACACCUCCAGACGACGUCCAAGGAUCCCUUUGAAGCAGCACUUCGAGUACCGCUAUGCCAUCUUCCACUCCGAAACAGAUGACUUCAUCCGGUGGACGAAGGAGGGAGAGGAGCCGCUCUUCGCAGUCGCGACAGGUCGCACGCUUUGUUUGGAAGACGACAACGGCCGCUGCCGGGCCACGGGCGACGAUGAAGCCGGGCAGAUGUCGACAGUCGCAUCUCGGGGAGCCUCCCUCGCCGCAGAAGCGAACUCCGGCAGCCGACCUCCCAGUCCAUCGGGCUACCAUGGGAGCCAGCCAACAAGCCCGAGAAGCCCAGCCUCCCCGCGGUCUGGAAGCUGCUGGAACGUGCGUUCAAAGUCCAUGGACCUGACUCAGCUCUGUGACGUAACAAGCGAGGACAGCGCCUUCUUGGUGUUCCGAAGCCUGCCAGUAGUGGUCAAGCGAGCCGAGAACGGGGACUGGCAAGUUGAAAAGAUUAGCCAUGGAGCCGGAACUGCGUUGCCCCUGCUGAAGCACUUCACGCAGACCGGGGUCAACAAGCCCCCGGCGGCUGAAGCCAUUGAUGUGUCUGUGAAGUUCAUCGGGCACCCAGGUGUAUGUGUCAGAGAUGAUGCGGACAGGAAACAGCUCACAGACCUCCUGGCAAAGCAUUCCUGCAUCCCGGUUUUUCUCGACGAGGAUGUCGUGCAAAAGCACAACUUCUUCGCAGAAGACUACUUGUGGCCCGUGUUUCACAACAUGAAGAUUUUCGAUGCGACCAUCACCGGUGACCAUGAGUACGAAUCCUUCGACAAGGCGCUUUGGAAGAGUUUCCUAAACCUGAACAACGCGUACGCGGAGGUGAUUACCACGCACGGUGAUGAGAACACGCUUGUUUGGAUCCACGACUACGAGCUCGUGAUGGUCCCCCGCUUCGUCUAUCACCGCAAUCCAGACUUCACCACUGGUCUUUUUCUCCAUUGUGCGUUUCCUAGCACCGAGGUGAUGAGCUGUUUGCCCGUCCGAGAGGACAUCCUGCAGGGCAUGCUGAGCAGCAGGCUGGUGACCUUCCAAACCUUUGACUACUUGAGGCACUUCAUGUCCUGCUGCUCCUCGGUGCUGGGAACCCGCCACUCCUUUCAGAAGGGUGGCAUCCUGCAGGUGGACUGGUUGCAACUGCCAACGAUCAUCCAAGACCCUGCGCGGAAGCAGGAACUGCAGCCACUUCUCCAGGGAGCCGUGGACACGUUGGACGUGCCACUUUCGAAUCUCUGCGGUGCAGUUGACUUCUGCGUCUUGGGCGUUUUUGUGCUGCAGGCGCAGGCGCUGGUUGGUCUGACUCUCGCGGCAGCCUUGAGCCGCGAGGAACUGCAAGCCGUGAUGAAACGAAGCGUUGAAGACAUGGUGCCGGUUCUGAGCAGGUACCUUCCUCAACAGCGGACAACACUACAAAGUGAGUUUGGUGCCGAACGAGGAGCUGACACACUGCCCAAGGUUGCCAUGCAACUGCUGGGCCGGCUUCUUCACUCCCUCGCGGACCUGCCCACAGAGACGGAGCAGUUCUCCUUCGGGAAGAACUGGAAGCAGUUCAUCGAGAAAGGCCGCCUUUCCGCCGCUGGGCUGCUCAGCUCCGUGCGGGAGCUCCGGCGCUGCGCGGGCGGCUUUGGCUUCGAGAAGCUGAAAAUCUUGGACCUUGGCUGCGGUUCCGGACUCAGCUCCUUGGCUUUCCGACUGCUGGGAGCCGAGUCCGUCCUCUCCGCGGACGUCCAGUCGGCGUCUCUGGAUGCGGCCCGACAGCUGAGACAGCUCUUCAACGAGGGAGACGAUGGAUGGCAGUUCGUUCAGGCGUCGGCCCUGGAUGCUCGGUCCUUAGCUGGCCUGGGACAAGUCGAUAUCGUCUAUACAUGGGGCGUCCUGCAUCAUACAGGUGAUGUUUGGCAGGCCCUCCACAAUGCUCAACUGCCCUUGGCUGAUGACGGCCUGCUGUUGGCAGCAGUAUAUGCAGAAGAGUUCUACGAUGAGCAGGAUCACAUCCUGCUGAUGAAGCAGUUUUACCAGAAUGCAACUGCUCGGCAGCAGCAGGACCUCGAGAUUGCGAUAGGUCUGGAGUGGCUCCGCCCACUACUGCGGGACGGCCGAAGCCCCUUUGAAGUAAUACGGAAUUUUUCCCAGAUGAGAGGCAUGGACUUCUGGACUGAUGUUCGGGACUGGUUGGGGGGCUGGCCCAUGGAGUUCGUGAGCUCCUCCGCGGUGCUUGCCUUCGCGCGCCGCGCAGGCCUCCGUUGCAUUGGCCUGCGCCGCAACGGUGGGAAUACCGAGUUCGCCUUGACGCGGCCCGGCGGUGUCGAGAGGUGGACUCAAGGACGCCGCUGCGAGCACCUGCCUGUCUUUCAAGAGGAUACAGACGGAAGCUUCUUGGCGGUCCAGGAGUAUUUUUACUUCCGACCCGACGACGUCUCUCCAAGAAGCUGGUGGUUUUGCAGGUUGCCCCCGUGGAUGCGUGAGUUUUCCGACGGGCAGAAGGAACCUCAACAGAGCCGUCUCUUGCUUUUGACCCAGGACGGAGAGCCCUUCGGUUAUCCAAGUGCCCAGUUCGCCCGCCCGGAUAGCCUGGCGGAUCUGCGGUUAUCCUUCCAUGCCUUCUGGGAGGGUGUUGCCUACGCGUCUCCAGGGCAUACACAGACGGACCUGACUGGGCUUGAAGCUUGUCUCCUGCCAACAGCCGAGCUCUCUUCUCAAGAGCAGGCAAAGACUGAGGCUCACGCGCAGCAGGUUGAGCACGAAAAUCGGAGCGUGGUGGUCUUUGCUGAUCACUUCACCGUCCCCUACAAUCAUCUAAUCAAGAAGCUCUCUGACGAGAAGGUUGUUGAGCGAGCGGCUUCCAUCCGGAACCAGUUCAAGGGCAAAACAAUCAUCGGUGCCUAUGAUCGAUUCGACUGCUUCAGCGGGCUAACGCUCAAGCUGCGCACUUUCCACCGUUUUUUGCAGGAGUAUCGCUCGCACAGGCGGAGUGUGGUUCUUGUGCAGUACAUUCGCGGGCGUGCCACGGACUCGAAGCGGAAGGGCAUGGUGAGCAUUGAAGAGCUUCGGCAGAUGGCGGACGCCACCAACAAAGCCUUCGGUGUGGAAGGGGAGCCACCCCUGGUCACCAUCGUUGUGGAGGAGACAACCAGAGAAAAGCAGCUUGGAGUCCUUUUGGCGACAGACAUUCUGCUGGACACCUCCACGAACGAUGGCUUGAACCUCAUUCCAUUCAACUUCUACGCGGCGCACUCGCAGGACCAGAAAGGCGUGGCGUUGAUCUCCGAGUUCUGCGGCUGCUCCUCCGUGUUAACAGGUGCCUUCAAGAUCAACCCUUGGAACACCGGUGCUGUCCUUACCGCCCUGGACCAGGCGAUCAGUAUCACUCCGGAGGACCAGGCCUUGCGAUUCACCAAGGACCACUCCUACGUCUCUUCGCAGACGCUCGUUCAGUGGGUCCACAAGAAUCUGUCUGAACUGAAGGUCACCAGGAAUAGCAGAGAUCUGACGUACCGCGCAUCAAUGGCAGGUCCUGUGCACCUGCCUUCGGAGGAAGUCGCUGCCGCUUACAAUGCCGCGAAGAAACGAGCAAUCUUCCUUGACAACGAGGGGACUAUUGCAGCCAAGCAGAAGUGGCAAAUUGAGUCGACCACAAUGGUGGCAUUGCAGAAGCAAGGACAGCCUCCGGACCCAUACGUCGUCGACCUGCUGCAGACCUUGGUCAACGAUCGUGGGAACACCGUUGUUGUCCUGUCGGGUCGCAACAAGCAGGUCAUGGAGGAGUGGUUUGGAUCUGUUGACGGCCUCGGCCUCUUCGCCGAGCAUGGCUUUCACCGGCUCCUUCCGCGCACCCUCCGAGAGGCACAGCAGCAGGACGGAAGCGAGCGAGCAUGGAAGUCUUCAGCUAUUGCGGACAACAACCAGGAGUGGAAGGAUCUCUGCAUUGAGCUCAUGAAGCAAUAUGUGCAGCGCAUCCAGGGCAGCAUCCUGGAAGCAAAGGCAUGUGCCAUUUCCUGGAACUACCGUGAGGUCGGUGCCACAGGAGUCAUCGACGAUGUGGCUCUUGAGCUGGUGCGGUUCUUGGAUCCGGAGGUGCCCACCGGGCUACUUCACGGAUAUCCCGUGAAGGUCAUCAUGGGCAAGGGCUACGUGGAAGUAAAACGUGCAGACGUCGACAAGGGCCGAGCCGUCAUUAAGACCUUGGAAGAGCUGGGCAACGUUGACUUCGUCCUGAGCAUUGGUGACGAUCGAUCCGAUGAGGAUAUGUUCGAGGCGAUUUCGGACUACUUCAAGCGCAACGGGGACACCUCUGCCGCGCUCUCCGCCAACCCAUCGCAGAGCUCGCUCCGACGAGUCGGCGCUGGCGCUUCGUCGAUGGCCUCUUCGCUCGACGGUCUAGCCCCAUCGCCCAGCGAUUCACCCAAUCUCUCUCCAAAGGACAAGAAGGCCGUGCGCUCCGUGAACUUUUGUGACAAGGGGGACGGUACGACCUCAGCGCCCUCGCAAUCCAAUCUCUACCGCAUGUCCUCAUCCACCUGCUGGUUCACAGCGACUGUGGGACGCAAGACCACGCAGGCAAAGCAUUUCUGUGCAGACGUGGACGAGGUCACACAGCUUCUGAAGAAGCUGGCUUCCAAGGCAAUUAUGGGCUCAUUCUCUCGGUUCGCAUCCAUGCCGCUCAUUGCCCCAGACAGCGACCAAGACGAUCACGAAGACUCUCAAGACGAGCGCCCGGAUGUUGCUGCGGUUGGCCGGGCGACCACGCACAGCAGUGUGACUCGGCAUGAUUUGCCGAGCUGGCACAUGCAUCAGGAUAUUCGGCUAUAUUCGGCUAUCUGCUUGGGCGUCACCACAGCCCCAGAUACAGGGCUUACACAAGCCAUCCUCUACAUUCCGGAAGUCUGCGUCUUGCAGACAAAUCAACCUUCAAUCGUCAUCCCAGAGACGCAAUGGUCACCAGACUCUAGACUAGAGCCCUCCGUUUCGGGUUCUACCUUCGAACAUACAUGA